AUGUUUGCAAUACUUAAGUCUUCAUUUGCGGCAGUAAAGGCUGCUUCUACACCAAGUGUUAGACUCUCUGCUCCUGGUAUACCGGCAUUAUCAGGAAUUUUCAUGCAACAAAGAUUUGGAUCUAGAGGUGGUAACAGAGGUAACACAUAUCAACCAAACACAUUAAAGAGAAAGAGGAGACUUGGUUUCCUUGCUAGAAUGAAGUCUCGUACUGGUAGACAAAUUGUCAAGAGAAGAUUCGAAAAAGGACGUUGGUUCCUUACCCAUUAA